UAUCAAAGAAUGAAAUUAAUACAGCUAUUACUCAGCCAUAAAAAUUUCUAUAUAAUAAGGAAUUUUAUAUUCACUUACAAGCAGUUGAGCUGAACCAUCAAAUCGUUGUUCGUUAGUAAUCGUAAUAAUCAGACUUAAAAAAAUGUCAACUUUUACCAAAAAUAUAUCGUACGUGUUUCUUUCAAUUAUUUUUAUUGUUGUAUUUAUUGAGGUUGAUUGCACUGUAAUACGUUGGCCUAGAGAGAGAGUUAAUUUGUUUGCUACAGUAGAUGAUAGUUUUAUCAAAGAUGUAAAAUUUGUCAAUCGCACUGAGUGGAAAGCUCUGGAACCUAAGGAACCAUUUGAGAAACUGGAUGUGAUUCCGGCUCCAUAUGUUAUGAUUUAUCACACGGAAACUGAAACAUGUUUUUAUUUAAAGGCUUGUGCCCCAAUCCUCCAACGUUUGCAAGCCGAGCAUAUAAUGAGCUAUCCUGAGGACCUGGACAUUGGUUUCAAUUUUUUCAUCAGCGGUGACGGCAGCGUGUACGUCGGACGCGGAUGGGACACCGUUGGCGAUCACACCCUUGGACUCAACAGGCAGAGCAUCGGGAUCGCUUUAAUUGGAACAUUUUACGACAAAUCACCAUCUGCUAACCAAAUAUCUGCAGUGAUCAAUCUCAUUGAUAUUGGCAUCUUUUUGGGUGCGAUUGACUUGAAAUUCAAAUAUCAUAGUCACCCCCAAAUGUCGUUAUUUAUUAAUUCUGACUUCAAAUUGGGCAACACCGCCAUCAUGCACAUUUGUUCGUUUUCUUUAUUAAUUACUUUGCUAAUUACCCUCACCAGAGGUGAGCUCAAUGCCACAAUUUUUCCGGAAGGGGAUAAUUCGAAUGUGACAUUUGUAAGCCGACAUGAAUGGGGCGCGCGGCCACCGGAAGGACCACCCGAGCGACUGAAUAUAAUCCCAGUGCCGUAUGUUAUAAUCAGUCACACAGCGUCGGAGUCUUGCUUUACACAAGUCGACUGCGUCCAGCGAGUCCGGAUGAUCCAGACGAUGCACAUCGAGGGUAACGGAUGGGACGACAUCGGCUACAACUUUCUCAUCGGUGGCGACGGACGCGUCUACGUCGCUCGUGGAUGGGACGCAGUGGGUGCUCAUUCUUUCGGGUUCAACCACAAGAGCAUCGGUGUCAGUUUCAUCGGAACUUUCAACAAAGAAACGCCGACAGAACAGCAGAUUACUGCGCUAGAAAAUUUUCUUGACUUUGGAAUGAAGACUAGCAACAUUGAUUUAGAUUACAAACUACUUGGACACCGUCAAGUUUCCGAAACUUUGAGUCCAGGUGACACUUUGUUCGGGAUCAUCAAAACAAUGGACCAUUGGUCAGAACGACUGUGA